AUGGCUUGUUCUUUCUCAGCUAGUAGCAUCAUAACCAACAAGAGCAAUACACUCUACGCCGCUAGCCCAUCUUACCGCCCAGGCAUGCCGAAACCACAAGGGGACGAGUAUUCCAAGAUUAUAGUUACGCCACAGAUGCAGAAGGAAGACACAUCGUGGAUUGCUACGGAGCUGCCGGACUGGGACUCUGCCAUCUAUAUGGUUGAAGAUCCUACAGCAGAGCACCACCCACCCAUGAACAAGGGUCGUGAAGCAAUGGUUUACCUCUCGUACAUUAUCGAUAACUAUGACCGAUUACCAGAUAUUGUCGCCUUCAUCCAUUCACACCAAUUUAGCUGGCACAACGAAGGCGUAUUUGGAUCUAAUGCCGCUACGAUGCUGCGACGCCUCAACUUAUCGUACGUAACGCGCAAGGGUUACAUGAAUCUUCGUUGCAGCUGGUCACCUGGCUGCCCGAGCUGGAUACACCCGGGUACGCUUAAGGAGGAUCUCACCAAGCAGGAGGAAAUUGUAUUUGCUCGAUCAUGGGCGGAGAUCUUCCCCAAUCAACCCAUCCCAGACGUCCUUGCGCAACCCUGCUGUGCGCAGUUUGCCGUCUCACGCGAGCGCAUCAACUCCAUUCCACAGUUACACUUUGUCUUGUGGCGCGAUUGGCUAUUGCACACUGAACAGAGUGACUACAUCUCUGGUCGUAUUUGGGAGCAUCUGUGGCAUGUUAUCUUUACUGGCGACAAUGUCGUCUGCCCUCAGGAACACCUUUGCCUCUGCGACGGCUAUGGUCUCUGCUUUUAG